AUGACAUCACCGUUAUUAUCACUGCUUUCAUCGUUAACAACGACUAACUUAUUCCUCCUGGCAGCACUUUUUAUCAUCCCCUACUUACUAAUCUUCAAACGUAGAAAACUUCCAGAACCGGUAAUAACAGGAGAUGGAACUAAGUACAAACAUCCGCCCUGUCUUCCCACUGUUCCCAUCUUUGGAUCCGUACCAUUCCUACCAGCGUUCCCAACUCAAUACAAGUAUUUUACUAAGGAGAAGUAUAAGUAUGGAGACGUGGUUGCGUUCUAUGUUAUGGGAAGGUGCUACAAGAUAGUCUUAAACAGUAAGGAAGCAAUACACGACGCAUUUGUUAAGAAGUCAACAGAUUUUGCUGGAAGGCCGUCCACAAAAUUGAACAGCAUAUUAAAUCCAAAUCAAAAAGGCAUACUGUUCCAUAACUACGAUGAAAGCUUCAAAAAGUAUCACAAAUUGAGUCUUGGCAUCAUGAAGCAAUUUGGCUUCGGCAACAGAGUGAUGGAGAAGAGGAUCAUGGAGGAGAUGAGCUACUUUAUGGAGAACUUGGCCAGUUUCAAAGGUUUGGCCAGCUUCAGAAAUACAAUUUUUUCUUUUUCAAUGAACAUUGUGUGUGGAAUUCUCUUUGGGAGGCGUUUUUCCGACAAUGACCCUGAACUUUCUGAUGUCAUCAACAGCAUCAGAACAAAUUUUAACAAUCUUGGAAAAUUAUUUGUAGCUAAUGUUUUUCCUUUCAUCAAAAUGUACGACGACAGUUAUUAUAGAAAAAUACCUCAUCACCAUCACGAACCAAGCCAAGAAGAGCAGGAGAACUCUAAAAGGCACCCUCCUUCAAGUUUCAUUCGCAGUUACGUCAAAAUUGAAGGCCCUGAUUACGACAAAGAACAACUCCUCUACUUCAUGUACGAACUUUUCCUUGCGGGGACUGAAACUGUUGCCAGUACAUUGGAGUGGACCUUGGUCUUACUGGCCAACAAUUUGGAAAUUCAAGAAAAAAUGUACCGAGAACUGAAAAAAGUUCUUUCUGACAAACUUGAAAAUUCAGAUAAAAAUAAACCAGAAUCUAAAACCGUCCAACGCAGCAAUCUUGUUAAUCAUAAAACUAUACUUCCAACCCUUGAAGACAAAACAAAUUUGCUUUAUUGUCAAGCAGUUUUUUAUGAAAUACUUCGGUACAAGCCAGCGACUCCGAUGACCUUGCCCCACGUGACCUUGAAGGACAGUCACGUGAUGGGGUACUUUGUUCCGAAAGGAACGACGGUGAUAGGCAAUCUACACGGAUCGCACAACGACACGCGUGUAUGGCACGAACCAGAACUUUUCAACCCAGAUAGAUUCAUUGAUGUCGACACUGGGAUGAUUAUUAAUAAGGACCAUAUCGUUCCAUUUUCGUUAGGGAAAAGAUCAUGCUUCGGCGAAAUUCUAGCUCGCCAGGAAGUUUUCCUCUCCCUAACCAACCUGGUUUGGAGGUUCAAAAUUUUACCCCCAUCAGGUCAACAAGAGGUCAAGGUUGAUGACGUCAUGGACGUUACUUCCAAACCGUCAUCGUUCAAAAUUAGACUCGUGGAAAGGGAGUAA